UCCAAAAAUGAAAGAAAGAAAAACACAUUGAUAUCUCUCAUCUUGGCUGCUGUCACAUAUUGUCGGCAAACUAUCUCUUUCUCUCACUGCUUAGCUGUUACUCCACACUACGUGACAGCAUCCAACACGUGGCAGGGUCCCAUUGGUCCGUAAUUUUAUUCCACACCACACACCUCUCUUACAGUGCUUACUAUAUAAAACCCAGAUAUGUUACACUCCUGUUUGUGUCGGCAGAAAAUGAUCAAAUAUUAAUCUUGUUACUAACAUGAGCUAGCUAACCAUAUUUCCUCUCUCAUUUUCUCGAGAAAAUAUUUUCAGAGACUACGUGUUACAAUGAUGAAGAGAAUGAUGAUCAAGUCGAAUAACAAAAGUAAUGCGUCGUACGGUAGAAUGAGCUGCGGCAACUCCAAUACGACAUCGUCUUCAGCAUCGAGGGACGACGAAUUCGAAUGGGAAAUGAGACCGGGAGGAAUGUUGGUCCAGAAAAGAGUCGGAAACUCCGACGGUACGGCUGCAGUCCCAAAUCUUCGUCUCCGAAUUGCUUUCGGCGCGCUCCAGUACGAGAUCUCGGUCAACUCUCAAGCUACAUUCGGAGAGGUGAAGAAGCUUCUGACGGCGGAGAGUGGGUUACAGGCAGGUGAACAGACGCUGAUAUUUAGAGGGAAAGAGAGAGAAAAUGGGGACUAUUUAGACACGUGCGGAGUGAAAGAUGGAUCAAAACUCAUCCUAAUCGAAGAUCCAACUAGCAUCGAGAAACGUUUCAUCGAGAUGCGAAGAAAUGCCAAGAUCCAAACCGUUCAUCGCGCCAUCUCCGAGGUCUCCAUGGAGAUCGAUAAGUACGCGGAGCAGGUAUCUGUGAUCGAAAAAUCAAUCUCGAGUGGCAUCAAGGUUCCUGAACUUCAAAUCACCACAUUAAUUGAGAUGCUUAUGAGACAAGCAAUCAAAUUGGAUAAUAUACCAGCUCAAGGAGACACUUCUGCUCAAAAGAAUUUACAGUUUUCAAUACGAGCCAUUGGAUUUUGCAGGGUAAGAGGGUACAGAAGUGUGUUGAAACUCUUGAUGGGAUUAAAAUAUCAAACGCAACACUAAAGCCUGUCAUUGUCACAACUAAAUGGGAGACGUUUAAUCCUAAUCUUCCGCCCACUACUGCCAACUGGGAGAUUUUUGAUUAAUUUUUUUUCUUCUCUUUUUGUAGUAAUAAUUAUUAAAUGGGAUUGUACCAUCACUUGAUUUGAUUUAGCUACACUCUAGUUUGAACUUUUUUUUUUGUUUUGUCAAUAGUUAAAAAUGAUCUCAUUAACUUA